AUGAAGACAAAGGUGAUUGUAACAGGCGCCUCAGGCAUACUCGGUUCGGUGGUGUACAACGCCUUUAAACGCGAUUCGGCGUUUUAUGUUUUGGGACUGGCACAUUCGAGAUCGAAUAAUGAGUUGGUGAAGUUGGACUUGAAGGAUGAGGCGAGUGUGGAGAGGACGUUUGCUGAGUUUGAACCUGGUUGGGUUAUACACUGUGCGGCGGAGAGAAGGCCGGACGUCGCGGAGAAGAAUCCUGAAGAGACACAAAAGCUCAAUGCCUCCGUACCUGACUACCUCGCCACCCUCGCUCAUCCAAAUAAACUAAACUUCAAACUCGUGUACAUCUCGACGGACUACGUAUUCGACGGGACUUCUCCGCCUUACGCACCCUCUGCGCAACCGAAUCCGGUGAAUUUGUAUGGUAGGACGAAGAGAGAUGGGGAGAGUGCUGUGUUGAGGGGUGUGGGCGAGGGGUGUGAGGGUGUUGUUUUGAGGGUACCUGUUUUGUAUGGACCUGCACCGAAGAACUCGGACACAGCGAUCAAUAUCUUGCUUGAUGUCGUCCAAGACCAGUCGGGAAAACAGUAUAAGAUGGAUCAUUAUGCAACGCGGUACCCGACGAACGUACUUGACAUUGCUAACUUUCUUACCCGUCUAACCGGUCUCCACAAACCCCUCCCACCAAUCCUACACUUCUCCGCCCCCGAACCCUUCACAAAAUACGAAAUCUGCCUCAUCUUCUCUAAGAUCCUCUCCCUCCCACACGGACACAUCAUACCCGACGCCGAAGCACCGACAGGCGCAGCAGCUGCGAGUCGGCCACGCGAUUGUCGAUUGGAUACGACGGAGACGGAGGCGCUCUUAGGUAAGCCUGGGAGCUUGCAGUGUGUUAUUUUUGAGGAGUGGUGGAGGGAGUAUCUUGGGAGGCCUGAGGGUGAGGAGAGUGAGGGGACGAGUAAGGGUGAGGCACCGAAGGCCUGA